CCUGACUCCACACUGCCCUAUCACGACCUUGGACUGAACUUGAACUGAACCAGGACUUGGACUGACAAAUCGAAUUAGUAACAACAAAUCCACAUCAUUGUGAAUAGGCGCGUACGAUGGAGGAAGAUGACAUCGCGGCCGCAAUGGGCUUCUCCUCCUUCGGAGGCGCGAAGAAGCGCAAGUUCGACGCCACAAUUUCACCCAAAGCGAAGCUGGAGGGAAGCGGCGCCAAUUCUACCAAGCUGGGCGUGAGAACCACAGCCCAGUCGAGCGAGGGGCAGGAUUCAGUCGAAUCUAAUCAACAAGACGGCACAUCUGAUGUGCUUCCAACAACCGAGACAGCACAAGCCAACCGGAAAGGAAAGCAGAGACAGCCGCCACCAGCAACAGGACUGGCAGAUUUCCUCAACCGCGGCCAGAGUCUGCCAGACAAGCCAGCAGAUGCGCCCGCACCUGCAUCAGCGCACGACGGACAGGCCGCGAAUGAUCAGUCAGAGAUGGUGUCGUUUGGUGGACCACCUAUUUCGAAAGCCGAGUUGAGUGCCCUCAGGCGUGGUGUUGCGAAUGAGGAAGGCGAUGUUGCAUAUUUCCUACCAACCUUCAUAGAAGAUCCGUGGGAAAGACUUCAGAAAGCCUGAGGUCGAUCAGUCUUGUGGACGCCAAUGGCCAGCAACGACACUGACGCCAGUCCAGGCGAAUCAAGAGCAACCAUCUUUCUCCCUUAUCUCAGCUUGAAUGAAUCAACUCAGCAAUCCAAGGAGAUCACUUCAGAGGCGUUUAAUGAUACCAUGGUAUCAAGAUCACAUUAUGUAACAAUACCUACAAAGAUACAGAUCCGAGAUAGUUUCUCGUCCCCAUCAGUAGCCUAAAUCUAAUAAAAAAUGAAACAUACUCAUAAC